AUGGGUGACUAUACACCAGACGUGGUAGCAGCUACAGUGCCUACUCCUUCCGAGAAGCAGGUCGAGGUCGCUGGCAUCAAAUCAUCUAGCGGAGUCCUUUACCACCAGCUGCGAAAUGAGCCCUUGAACAUCGUCGGCGGUCGAGGCAGCUACCUGAUAACCGAUGGUGGUCUGGAAAUUUUAGAUGCAACAUGCGGUGCAGCUGUAUCUUGUCUGGGCCACAGCGACGAGCGUGUCCACGAAGCCAUCUUGGACCAGCUGAAGAAAAUCCCCUACUGCUACUCCAUGUUCUUCACCAACAGUGCUGCGGAGAGCCUUGCAAAGCUUUUGGUAGACUCAACUGGAGGCAAGAUGUCUCGUGCCUACAUUGUGAGCUCGGGUACCGAAGCUAUUGAGGCUGCCAUGAAGAUGGCCAUUCAGUAUUUUACAGAGUUGCCUACCCCUGAGCCCCAGAGGGUCAAUUUCAUUUCUCGGAAGUCUUCUUACCACGGAAAUACUCUGGGGUCCCUUGCGCUCGGACACCACGCCUUCCGUCGAAGGAUCUAUGAAAGCCUUCUGUCGAAGAAUAUCCACCACGUGCCUCAAUGCUAUCCAUACCGUGGAAUGCAUGUCAAUGAAAGUAACGAAGACUAUGUCGCAAGACUUGCUCAAGAACUGGAGGACGAAUUCCAAAGACUCGGCCCCAACACCGUCUGUGCAUUUGUAGCCGAGACUAUGACAGGUGCUGUGAACACUUGGCUGCGUGCCCCCUUGCCUGGUUACCUCAAAGCACUGAAAGCCGUCUGCGAGCGACACGGUGCGCUCUUCAUUCUAGACGAAGUGAUGUCCGGCAUGGGCCGUACCGGAACACUCCAUGCUUGGGAGCAAGAAGACGUUGUCCCUGAUCUCCAAACAAUUGCCAAGGGACUCGGUGCCGGCUAUGCUCCGGUCGCCGGGUUACUCAUUAACAAGCACGUUGUUGAUACUCUGAGCAAAGGUACUGGUGCUUUUAUGCACAGUCAGACAUACCAGGGCCACCCAGUUGCCUGUGCGGCUGCAUAUAAGGUGCAGCAAAUUAUACAAGAAGAUAAUCUGCUGCCCAAUGUGCGGGCGAUGGGAGAAUAUUUGGGUCAGCGUCUUCACGAACGCUUGGAUAGCCACCCUCACGUGGGCGAAGUUCGAGGCAGAGGCUUGUUCUGGGCGAUGGAAUUUGUUCAAGAUAAAGAGACGAAAGCGCCAUUCCCACCUUCAAAGGCUCUUUCUCGCACGCUGCACGCGACAGGUCUCAAGCCUGAAAAUGCAAUUUCGUUGAUGCCUGGAAAUGGUGGUAUCGAUGGUGCUGAAGGUGAUCAUAUUAUUCUGGCGCCGGCCUAUAAUACCACUCGCGAGGAGAUUGAUGAGAUUGUCGACCGAACUGUUCGGGUUAUACAGCAGGUUCUGGGAUAG